GUAGUAAUUAGGGAUUUGAGGGAAACGUCGUUUGGGAAAGCAGAGAGAGAGAGAGAGAGAUGGUGACGAAGGAGCAAGUGGAAGCUUCAUUGACUUCGAAACUUAACCCUAUUCAUCUCGAAGUCAUUGACAUAUCUGGAGGAUGUGGUGCAAGUUUUGAGAUAGAGGUUGUCUCUGAACAGUUUGAAGGGAAGAGAUUGUUGGAGAGGCACCGUAUGGUGAAUGCUGCACUUGAAGAAGAAAUGAAGGAGAUUCAUGCGCUUUCUAUCAAGAAAGCUCAGACUCCACAACAAUGGAAGCCAUCACAAGACUCUGCAACUCCAUCCAAAGACGCUUGAACUGAAACUCUGUCUUUUAAGGCUUCAUGGACAAAAGAACAGAUCAUUACUAUGUUUGAUACUUUUUGGUCACAUGCAAAAUCUAUUAGACUAUUUUACUAUACACAAAGACUCAUCUCUUUUUGUCUAUUAUUAACAAUACGAGCAAAACGAUUAGUUUA